UUGUUAUACAUGUUCAUAGUCCGCUUUUUUUGUCUAAGAGGAUCCAACUUGUACCGAAUACAAUCCCUUAUGAUAACAGCGUUACGGAAGAAGUGUGAGGUCAACCUACUUGACGCCUUUUUUUAAGGAUCAAAUUUACAAACCGCGUAGUACUGCUCAACGAACCAGCUCAAUACAAAAUACUUUGAAAAGCUCUCUAAUCUCUCUGUUCUUGCAUAUGGUGUUUUUUUGCGUAUUUUUAUAGAAACAUGAAAAAUAAUUAAUAUUACUGUGAAUUAUCAGUCGAUUCAAACAAGUCAUUUACUCGUUAUAAGUAUCAUAAAAUAUGCCAAAUGUUGCAAACUACCUUACUAUGCCCAAAUUAUUGCUAUCAAAUUUUUGUCAUAGAUGAACGUUACUAUUUGGUAUUCCUGACCUUCAAUUAAGCUGUUAUCGAUUUAGAUAAUAUUCUUCACUUACAAAUUAAUAUAUGUUUGUCUAUCUGUACUCGUCCGUAUGUUAUCAAUACACCAAGUAGAUGCGUAAAACGUUACAUUGUAGACUGAAGAUAACAAACUUUUUGCAAUUUAUCGACUACAUUGGAAAUUAAUGAUUGAAAAAACAACAUUUUUGUGGCAUUACUAGCCGUUUUCCUAACAAUUGCCUACUUGUACGUGAAAUGGGCUUUUGGAUAUUGGAAAAGAAAGGGUGUACCUGGCCCCGAACCAAGCCUACCAUUUGGCAAUAUCAAAGAUUUUAUUUUAAAAAGGAGAACACUUGGGGAAAUAUGGAAAGAAGUUUACUUUGAUCUCAAGUCUAAGGGACACAAGUUUGGCGGAGCAUACCAAAUGCUUUUUCCAACUUUGAUCGCGGUCGACGUCGAAAUAGUAAAGCGCGUGCUCCAAGUGGAUUUUGCACAUUUUUGGGGACAUGGUACAUUCAUCAACAAGACAGAUAAUCUGUCAUUCCACCUGUUCAACCUGGAUGGACCAAAAUGGAAAAGGGAUAGGGCCAAGUUAUCACCGACAUUCACAUCUGGAAAGAUGAAAAUGAUGUUCCAAUUGAUAGCAUCGUGCACCGACGAGCUCACCAAGGUGCUCGAUGAAACUUCAUUGAACAAUCCAGUUGACAUUAAGGACAUCAUGAGUCGAUUUACUACUGAUGUGAUUGGCUCGUGUGCCUUCGGCAUAGAGUGCAACAGUUUGAAGGAUCCAAACGACGAUUUCAGGAAGAAUGGUAGGAAAGUAACAGACCAGCUGGAUUUCGAGGGUACUGUCAGGCAGUUCCUACCGUUUUUCGUGCCACAUUCCCUACUCAAACUGACAAACUUCCAUUCCCAGAAUCGCAGCAUCAGUAGCUUUUACAACAGAAUGGUAAAAGCGACAGUAAAUUAUAGAAAGGAUAACAACGUUGUGAGAAAAGAUUUUAUGCAGCUACUAAUCGAACUGACAGAAGGAGAAGAUCCGCUGAACAUAGACGAUAUUGUGGCCCAAUGUUUCCUGUUUUUUGUCGCAGGUUUUGAGACAUCAUCUAGUGCAAUAAGUUUUGCAUGCUAUGAACUGUCCCUCCAUCCAGAAAUUCAACAGCAGGUCAGAGAAGAAAUUGAGCUUACUUUGGAAAAGCAUGGAGGAAAGCUGACUUACGAAGCAUUAAUGGAGAUGACUUAUAUGGAUAAAGUUGUUUAUGAGACCCUGAGGAAGUAUCCGGCACUACAGUUUCUAUUCAGGACCUGUAACAAGACGUAUAAUAUCCCAGAUACAGACGUUACAAUAGAUGAAGGUACUAAAGUAAUAAUACCUGUGCUAGGUAUACAUUAUGAUCCAGAGCUCUAUCCUGAUCCAGAUAAGUUUGAUCCAGAACGGUUUAGCGAAGAGAACAAAGCAACUAGACCGAGCUUCACCUGGUUACCAUUUGGUGAUGGACCCAGGAUAUGUAUAGGUAGUCGAUUUGGCUUGCUGCAAACAAAGCUAGGCCUAUGUACUCUACUGCGACGAUUCAGGUUCACCUUAAAUAAGAAAACAAAGACUCCACUCGUAUUCAGUAAAGCUGGCAUCUUGACGUCUACAGAAGGAAACAUUUGGGUUGAUUUAGAGAAAAUUCAAUAAAAAUUUGAUCAAACA